GGUACGUUAUCAAGUUCCGUGUUUGGUUUUAUUGAUUGCCUGGUCACGUUCUAAAUGGGAAAACGUUUGUAUGGAAUCAAAAGAUAAUAAGUGCGUUGUUAUGAAACACAUCAUUUCUGUAGCAGGCGUUUAGUGUGGUUAUAUUAUCGGAGCAGUCUCGCUUCACUGACUGGCAUUAAUCAUUAAGAAUAGUUAAUUUCACCGCCAUAUUUGUGGAUCGAGGUAAAGAUGAAAAUCGAUAGGAAAUACAGGUGUUGUACAACAAUCACGAGCACGUGACCAGAAAGAACGCCCUAAUAUAUUAUAGAUGGUGUACAUGUUGAGCUGUAGAUGUCUAUCCCAAUACUGAAACUCCAACAAGACGCGUAACCGCAGCCCUAUCAGGGCAGUAUGACGUUAUAAAUGGGUAUUGGUUCCAACACUUCAACGAUAGUACCGGGGAUAUCGACAGCUGGUCCGGGGGUAGAGGACCAGUGUAACACCACAUAUCUAUGUGAUCAAUCGUACUUCCUCGGAGCUGAUCUCCUACAAUUCGCCCCGUGCCCCCCUCCAUGGAAAAAGAGUCUACUAUGGGAGGUGGCUAGGAAGAAGGGACUAACAGAUUACGAGAGUGGACAGAUAGCUUUAAGGUGUGUCAUCCCCCACCCUGAAAAUCAGAUACCCGGCAACCAGUGUGGGUCCUCGUGCAUCGCAAUCGUUGUUUUAAGUGGAUGUAUAUUACUGACGAUAUGCUUGGCAACUUUGUGCUGGUCCAGGAGAAGAGGCAUGGUAACAAAAAGACGGAGAUCGACCGACCAAAACAAUACAGACCAUACACAUCAGGCGACUGUCGGGAAGACAGAGCCGGUGUAUGAAGAGAUUCAGGAGGGCCGUGUGCACUACAGCAACAUAAUGGAGAGCGCCUUCGACAACCACGCCUACACCAACGACCACGUCACCGACCACGUCACCGACCACGCUCGUAGUAAUAGUGAUACCAGUAACAACAGCCACACCCAACUCAACGGCACAGCGACCGAGCACAAGAGUGUGGACGUCAGACUAUAAAACAAGAGACACGCCCAUCUCAACCGUACAGCGACCAAUCAAAACAGUGAGGACGUCACGAUAUAAAACAGACAUGCUCAUCUCAAUCGUACAGCGACCAAUCAAAACAGUGAGGACGUCACAAUAUAAAGCAGACAUGCUCAACUCAACGAGACAGCGACCAAUCAAAAUAGCGUGAACGUCAGACUAUGAAACCAAUCAAAAGAGUGAUGACGUCACACUAAAACAACAGUCACGCCCAACUGACAGCACAUUGACCAAUAAACACAGUGAAACUUAUGAGUAUAUAACAAUAGACACGCUCGACUAACAGACACAAUGUCCAAUCAAAACAGUGAGAUUUAGGAGUAUAAAACAAUAAACACGACCAACUCAAUGAAACAGGACCGAUCAAAUAGCAGACAUGCCCAAAACAUCAGACACAGCGACCAAUCAAAACAGUGAGACAUAGGAAUAUAAAACAACAGACACGCCCAAUCCAACUCAUCUACACAGUGGCCAAUCAAAAUGUAUAUUACUUUUAUACUUGUAUAUAUUAUGGUUGUCAGUUGUCAGAAUCACACUAAACAGCCAGACAUGUGUUCAUGAUUUACAGCUGAAUUUAAAAACAUAAAAAAAAAGGUUUAAUCAGGAAAAUUAUUUAGAUAUCAAAUGUGCCCAUUUUAAUUUAUUUGUAUACAGUGUAACAGGUUUGUAUGCGAUGUCCUAGGAUGUAUAUACAUGUUAUAUAUAUGUAAAUAUAACUGAAGAAUUAUUAUUUGGUGGAUUACUGUAUUGAAAUCAGACAGGCUUUUAGCAUUCCAUGCAUAUCAUUCAUAAAUAAUAACUAGUAAUCAAACUGAAAACAUCACAUUCUUAAAGAUUCUAAUAAUUCAUGUUAACAAUAAACCUGAUAGGGGUUUUUUCUCUUAAUUUUGCCAAAAUGUAUUUUAAAAUAGAAUUUUAUAUAUUCACUUCCAGCACCAAUGAACAUGUCACUCUUCUGGACAUUAUUUUUUUGAGAAGAUAAGCUUAUAACUGUUCACAACUUAAGUUUAGAGAUACAAAUGAAACAGAUUGAGAAACUUAUAGUACAUUUAUGUCUGUAACAACCCAACAUAUUACAGCUCAUGUCUGGAAACCGAAAUGAUUGCUGUAACGAGAGGGGAGAAAGGGAGACAACUUUUGUAUAAACCAAUUAAUCAGAGAAUGAAGAAAGUAGAUAAUACUUCUAACUCUGACAUGUAUUUUACAGUUUACACAGGGACUGAAUAUUCUCGUUACUGAUACAUAUGGUGUUUUAUCAAGUGUCGUUCAUGAAGUAUGAAACAGUCACACAUUUUUCUUCUGUAAUAGAAAUCUAUUAAAUACUUUAAUGAUGGGUAAAAUGACAUCAUUUGUCCUGAACAAGGACAGCAACCAAACUGAGCACAUCAUAUGUUAUUAUCAUCUGUGAUUAACAAUAAAGGUAAAUAAAUUUAUAA